AUGAUUUCCUUGUGGUUCCUAUCUCUUCUUGCUUAUGGACUUACAAUACUGCAGGAGGCGAAUUGUUGGACAUACCAUUAUUCAGACACAAACAUGACCUACAGAGAAGCAGAGCUGUGGUGCAAAAAGAGGUAUACUAACAUGGUUGCCAUUCAGAAUAAGGAGGAAAUCAACUAUCUCAAUAACUUCUUACCCUUCAACCCGGGUUACUACUGGAUUGGAAUCAGAAAAAUUAAUGAGGUAUGGACCUGGAUUGGAACUAACAAAGAACUAACAGAAGAGGCAAAAAACUGGGCUUCAGGUGAGCCAAAUGGCAAAGGGAACAACGAGGACUGUGUUGAAAUCUACAUCAAAAGAGGGAAGGAUGAUGGCAAAUGGAAUGAUGAGCAGUGUGAGAAAAAGAAGGUCGCCUUAUGCUACACAGCUUCUUGCAACCCAUCUCUCUGCAGUGGCCGUGGAGAAUGCAUAGAGACUAUUAACAAUCACACCUGCCAUUGUAACCCUGGAUUCUAUGGGCCUGAAUGCGAGUUUGUUGAGAGUUGUGAUCCACUAAAGAAACCUGAUCAUGGGAGCCUUGAGUGCAACCAUCCAUUGGAGAACUUCAGCUACAACUCAUCCUGCACAGUUCAGUGUGAGGAAGGCUAUGAACUGACUGCACGGGAAUCUGUAUACUGUACCUCUUCUGGGGUCUGGUCUGGCCCCCUCGCAGCAUGCAAAGCUGUGAGGUGUGAGGCUGUAACCUGGGCAGAAGAAGGCUUUGUGACCUGUGACCAUGCUCCUGCAGAUCUCACCUAUCGCUCGCAUUGCGAUUUCUACUGCAGCAAGGGCUAUGUUCUGGAUGGCCCAUCCAGCAUUGAGUGCACGGCACAGGGACAGUGGUCAGAGCCAGUGCCAAAAUGCAAAGCUGUGACCUGUUCAGCCUUAGAAAUGCCUGCUCAUGGUGCUGUGAACUGCUCCAAUUCCUCUGUGGAGCUCAGCUGGGGUACCACCUGCAAGUUCACCUGUGAGGAAGGAUUUACCCUGACAGGACCAGCCACACUGCAGUGUGGGUCUUCUGGGGCCUGGGACAGGCAGCAGCCAUCCUGUGCAGCUGUGAGGUGUGAGGCUGUAACCUGGGCAGAAGAAGGCUUUGUGACCUGUGACCAUGCUCCUGCAGAUCUCACCUAUCGCUCGCAUUGCGAUUUCUACUGCAGCAAGGGCUAUGUUCUGGAUGGCCCAUCCAGCAUUGAGUGCACGGCACAGGGACAGUGGUCAGAGCCAGUGCCAAAAUGCAAAGUUGUACAGUGUGAACCACUGAGCUCUCCUGAGAAAGGCUCUAUGGAUUGCUCACAUGGUGCUGGGAACUUCACGUACAUCACAGCCUGCCACUUCAGCUGUCUAGAAGGAUGGAGGCUCAAUGGUUCUCAUGUUCUUGAGUGCAGCCAUUCAGGAAACUGGAGUGCCAGUCUGCCCACAUGUGAAGCUUCUGAACAAGUUAGCUAUGUCUCUGUGGGCAUAGCAGCCACAAGUGCCUCUCUGUUGUCCACAGCAUUGUUCCUCCUUUGGCUUGCAAGGCGUUUCCAAAGAAAAGCAAAGAAAUUUACUCCUUCCAGUAGCUGCCAGAGCCUAACCAUUGAAGGUAGCUUCCAAAGUGCUGGCCAGAAUGUCUAACUCCAGGUGUUUCAGGAAUUGAAGCCAUCUUUACUUACGUCUCAGAGACUUCUGGAGAAUGAAACUGCACGCAAAUCAAC